GGAAUUUACUCACUGUCAUUAUCAAACCCUCAUGGCAAAAUGGUAACUGGAAUUGAAGCCACUGGCCUCGUGCUGGCUCUCCUGCCCUUGCUUGUCAACCAACUUGAUAACUAUGUGCAGGGUUUGGAGACACUCAAGGGUUUUAGAGCAAAGAGAUAUCUGAGAGCGCUGGAGAGCUACCGCACUAACUUGGGAACACAAAAAGUUAUUUUCUUCAACACCUUGGGUCUCUUAUUAGAGGACACUCUGGUAGACGACGGAUCUAUGAUCAGCACAUGGAUUAGCAAUCCACGGGCCGACAGUUGGGUGGGACGGGUUAUCCACGAGACACUACAAAAGAGGCUUGGGGAAAGCUUUGAGCCUUUUAUGAGGACAACACGGGAAUUGUGCGAUUUGUUGGAGGACUUAUCCAACAAGUUAGGCUUGAUAAACCAAGGCACAUUCUUGUCGUUGAACUCUCAGCCCGAAUCCUUCAUAAGGAGUAGUGUCAAAAAGUUCCGCACUAUAUUCUCAAAAAGCAUAUAUGCCGACCUACUAAGCCGAAUUCACAUUACAAAUAACAUUCUGAAAACACUGGUAGAGCAGUUUAGACAGUCACUAUCAGUGCAGAAAAACCGUCAAAAAUUGGCCCUGAGUCUCUAUCGUGCUGUUUUGAAUGAAGACUGCUGGAAUUGCUCAUGCAAAGACCGGCAUUCUGUUCAUUUUGUCCUCGAUGUUUCAGUACCAGACUUUUUUGGUAUGCCACACGAGGCGUCAAACCAUACAUUUCGAAUGACGUUUACAUCGAAGAGAAGCACUACCCCAGCUGACGCCAGGGACUGCUGGCACGAAGUUGAGGCCGAGUCGAUUGAGAUAUCGGAUACAGCCUCAACAGGUCGCACCUGCCCCUGUACCAGCAGAGCACAGGUGAUGCCUGGUGAUAAGAGUGAACAAAAUGAGAAACAAAGCUGUAAAAACAACCAUUCCGAGCCGAAGGCUCAAAACUCCUUAUGCAGCCAAGGCAAGACCCCAGUAUGCACAAUAUCAGACCUUUGCUCGAUGAUAUGUGCCGUCAAAUUUCAUGACAAGCACCGAGCACUCCUUGGCUGCAUCGCAGACAAGAGAUACCGGCACCAUAUGUACCAUGUCCGGAGCAUUGCCGAUGACCUACAGCCACAUUCACAAUCCCUUGAGGAACUAAUAGCAACCUCGUCAACAUUUCCACAGCCUCUACUGCAAGGCCGAUACAUAUUCAGUCGCCGUGAUCGACUAAUUCUCGCUGUAAAGCUUGCGUGCAGUGUCCUGCAGUUCCAUGGCAACUGGCUGCGCAAAUAUUGGAGAGCAAGGGACAUCAUGUUCAUGAAAGAGAAAUUCGACCCGUCGAAGCACCCUUAUGUCGUGCGUGACUUUUCAGGGGAGCCGUGUAUAGACAAGAGUCAGGAAUCAUCACCGCUCAUACGGAGCGACAUUCUCUUCCCCCUGGGGCUGAUUCUCGUCGAACUUUCGCUGUGCAGGAACCUUGAAUCAUUGCGUACAUUAGAAGACAACGAUACUCUGGAGACAGUGGCAAAUUUCAAGACUGCUGCUCGAUAUCUUCCAGUUGUGGAAAUGGAGAGCGGGCUAAGGUACGGCCGGGUGGUAAAAUGGUGUCUCUUUGGCCCAGACACGGUAGAUACAACCUUGGAAGAUGAGAUUGGGCAGGAGAAAAUAGUUGAAAGUGUAGUUGCCCGGCUGAUUGAGAACUUAUGGGACUUUUCAGGACCCCAGCUGAGGAAGUCAGAGCUGACUGGGUAA